AUGGAUGGAUGGAUGGAUGGAUGGAUGGAUGGAUGGAUGGAUGGAUGGAUGGAUGGAUGGAUGGAUUUCUGACCAACUCUUAGCUUGUAUUUGUGGUUGAAGUGAUAACUGCAGUUUUAGCUGAGCUGAACCGGUCGUUUCCCCUUUAAUUCCUCUGAUGUUUGUUUCCAGUGACGUUAUCUGUUCACAAAUCCUGUUCUGAAUGUUUGAAGGUGGUUUCAGAUGAUAAAAUUCCAAAUUCAUUAGAAAUGUCACGUCAUUCUCAAAACAGGUCUUCCAUGCAUUUUUUUUUCAACAAAACAGUUACUUUCUCAUCAUUUUUUUAGUUUUGAAAGUUUCCCUGGUGCUCAUAGUGUGUGACUGAUCUGAUGUCAGUUUAUCUUUUCAGAUGUGUUUUGCUUAUUCUUUAUUAAUUCAAUAGAAUUGAAAGAGGCUAUGUUAGGCUUUUAUAUAGAUAAAAGCCUAACAUACCACCUUUAAUGAAAAUGUGUUCAGUCGAGUCAGGAUUAUUCAAACAUUUAUUUUUAUUCCUAUUUCAUCUGAACUUGCUUGGAAACCGGUUUUUGUAUCAAAAACAACCUAAAAGUGCAGGCAGGCCAUUUCAGUCAUGUUUUCACUGGUUUCAUUCUCAUGCUCGGUACUUCCUCUCUCAAACCAGAAUGUCAGACUAAAAGAGGAACAAUCCAGAUUCCAAACUUCACUUUUGGUUUCAGCUCCAGUGCAAAGAAUCUAAAACAUUAAAAAACAAAAAAAUAAUCCUAAAUAAAUUAAUCACAUGCAUUUGUUACAAUAGAAACUGUGUGGCAUUUAUAAAUGUAAAAAAAUCCAAUCAUUUUAUGCUGCAUGUAGCAGAUUUUGAUGAAUACUGCUUUUCUGCUCCUUUAGGGCCACCAUCAGUUGAUUAAAGUGUAAUAAGAUCAUGUUUGAGCUGAAAACAGGGAAGACUAAAGCACCCACAGGGCAUUGUUUAUAAUAUAUUAACAGCUCUCUAUUAAACAAUCAGAAGGCAACUUUUUUCACAAAUAUUUUUAAACCAUGCUGCAGUUUGCUGUCAUCCAAACAUAUGGCAUCUGUGACAUGCAGGAAACACACGUAAAUGUCAAUACUGGCCAUCAGGAACUAGCUGAUCAUAACUGGGUGACAUGAAUGGAGACUGCAUGAAGUCCAGCUUAGCUGAUUUCUCACUUUCAGUUCCCAUUUGUCUGCUGAGGUUGACAAUGCGUGUUUUUCAGUGAAGCAACAGGAGAGAAAAAACUUUACUUAUAGCUUUAAAAGUUGAGACUCUCAUGCUGCCGUGUUCACAUGAUGGAUGGUUUUGUCAUGGCGUCUGCAUCAGAGGAAAUUAUUUCACAUGAGCCUGAGAGUUAUCGGCCGCCUGUGGAUCUGUACCCCUACCUGAGUGGUGUGGGGGAGAUUUAUGAAGACCACAGAUGGGCCUUCCACUCUGAUCGGGUCCAGCCACCAGACUUUGAGAAUUCCCCCGUGAAUCACCUGACGGAGCUGCAGGCUGUGUCCCCUCAGCAGCUCAUCCAGCCUUUCCGCUACGACUCCCUGCACCUCCACCUGGACCCCCCACUCGCUCCGCUCUCCCUGACAUCACAGAUCCCAUAUUACACCCCAUCCCUGUGCUACCAGUACCCGGCCUCGGCCUCACCUGGGCGUUACUACUCAGAGGAAGACCACAGGGCCGUCAGCCCCCCGCUACAGGUCUCAGAGGGGGAGGACGAGUUGGACGACUACAGCUAUUCCUUCAGGAAAGACACAAGCAACAAGAAGAAAAUCCGCCUGUACCAGUUCCUCCUGGAGCUGCUCAGAAAGGGCGACAUGAGCGAGAGCAUCUGGUGGGUGGACCAGGACAAGGGCAUCUUCCAGUUCUCCACCAAAUACAAAGAAGCUCUGGCGACCCACUGGGGUAACAAGAAAGGUAACCGCAAAAAAAUGACCUACCAGAAAAUGGCCCGGGCUCUGAGGAACUAUGGAAAAACGGGGGAGAUCAAAAAAGUGAAGAAGAAGCUCACCUACCAGUUCAGUGAGGAGGUGCUGAACAACCUCAACUACCGUCAUUAUCAUUACUGAUGAGGAAAAGAAAAGCCCUGGUUACUCAACCUGCUUGUAGAUUUACAAGUUUGUCUCAAUUUUUCUCAGAAUUUCCUGGUUUAUUUAUUUUUGAUGUGGCUGCGCCCUUUUUUUUAAACAUCCACUCAAAUAUGGGUGUUAUUGUGCAAGAAUUAACCAAAGACACACUCGUACUUUUCUAAAUAUGUAAAUAAUAUAUGAAGUUUGGUGUUUUCUUCAAAUUACUGAAAUAAAUGAAAUCGUCAAACUCAAAGCAUGUUUGUGAGCAUGGC